AUGUCCUCGGCAUGCUUCAGUGUGGUAAAGAUGAGAAAGCCUGGUAAGAGCAGGGAGAGCAAUGCAUAUUUCUAUCCGGAUCACAAGGAUGAGAAGGACAAGUAUUUCUUCAAGGUUCUGGUUGGUGAUUUUCGUGAACGAUUGGCCAUACCUGACAAAUUCGAGCAACAUUUGAGAGGGCUAAUAGCAAACAGUGUUAAGCUAGAAUCACGCUGUGGACACACUUUUGAUGUUGAAGUAGCUAAGAAUCUGGGCAAAGUAGUCCUUCAAACGGGAUGGAAGGAGUUUGUUACUGCCCAUGACUUGAACAUGGGGGACUUCUUGGUUUUCAAGUAUGACGGGACUUCUCGAUUGAAGGUUUUCAUAUUUGAUCUUAGUUGUUGCGAGAAAGUGCCGCCAUGCCUUGUCAAGAUAAAUCAUAUCUGCGGCAGAGAAACAAGGGAAAUGCACACUGAAAUUUCAAGCAGUUGUGGAGAUCUUCCCAUGAAUGGCACCGCUAGUUCAUCAACCUCCCUAUCUGACUCAUCAGGAGAGUCUAUAUGUCCAGAAGAUCAGAAAUCACAUUAUGUUCCAGGUUACAUCCUCCCACAGGGAACCUGUCUCACCUGUGUGCAGAUGAAGAAACUGAAAGAGAGAGUCGGAGCUAGUAGUUCUACUAUCCCCAUCUAUGGAUGCAUCAUGAAGAAGAGUAAUGUUCAUGGAAAAUCUCAGGUUAUGGACAUACCAAGAGUAUAUGCUGAUGUAUAUCUACCAUUGGAGGACCAAACACUGAUGCUUCAAUGCCGUGGCAAGAGUUGGGAAGUGCGGUGUGUGAUUAAGAAGGACAGAGUCAAAAGGCUUAUGAAAGGGUGGAAACAGUUUGCUUGUGACAACAAGUUGCGGCUGGGAGAUCUCUGCCUCUUUGAGCUACUUGAAAAUACGAAGCACACGAUGAAUGUGCAUGUCAUUCGUGCAAAAUGA